AUGAACCAUACAGAAGAGUUUAAUAAGCAAAUUAUAACCGUUAUUCCGGGAAUUCAUUGUGCUAUUGGAUAUGGCAUAGCUAAUAGUAUAUUAGUUGAAGGAAUUGAUGGAAAUAUUAUAAUUGAUACAUUAGAAUCUCGUGAAGGAGCUAUUGAACUUCAUAAAGAUUUUCAAGCAAUUUCAUCAAAACCUGUUGUUGCAAUUAUUUAUACUCAUAAUCAUGCUGAUCAUGUAUUUGGUGCUGAAGUAUUAGCAGGUGAUAAUGUGAAAAAUGUCAAAGUUUAUUCGCAUUCAACGACGAGAAAAAUUAUCGAUACUGCAAUGAGUGUAGUUCAAUCAAUUAAUUUUCAAAGAUCAGCAAGGCAAUUUGGAACAUAUUUAACAGAAGCUGAUGGUCAUAUUAAUAGUGGAAUCGGUUUAUAUUUGAAUUUUAAAAGAAAUAAUACCCGAGCACUUUUAUAUCCAACUGAUACAUUUAACACAGAUAAGUGGGCUUUGACCAUAGCCGGACGAGAAUUUGUUCUAUAUCAUGCACCAGGAGAAACAGAUGAUCAAAUAGUCAUUCAUAUGCCGAAAGAAAAAGUUUUAUUUGCUGCUGAUAAUAUUUAUAAAUCAUUUCCAAAUAUUUAUGCAAUUAGAGGAACAACCACAAGAAAUGCUAUUCAAUGGGCUUCUUCUCUUGAUUUAAUGCGAAAUUUACGACCAGAAUAUUUAAUUCCAUCUCAUACAAAACCCAUAUCUGGAGAAGACUAUAUUCAUGAAGUUAUUACCAAUUAUCGAGAUGGAAUUCAAUUCGUGCAUGAUCAAACUGUUAGAUUUAUGAAUAAAGGAUUAACACCAGAUGAAAUUGUUGGAAACAAAUUAAUACAAUUACCAGAUCAUUUGCAAGUUCAUCCUUAUUUACAGCAGUUUUAUGGUACUGUAGACUGGAGUGUUCGUGCAAUUUUCGAUCAGUAUUUGGGGUGGUUUAGUGGUAAAACAUCUGAUUUAAACCCUGACUCUCCUAUUGUUCGGGCCCAAAAUCUUAUUAGACUUGGUGGAGGAAACGAAAAAGUAUUUGAAAUGGCAAAAAUUGCAUAUUCAGAGCAAAAGUAUCAAUGGUGUUUGGAAUUAACUGAAGCAUUAACUCUUUAUCCUGAAGACGCAAAUGUGUCAGACAUUAUUCAACUACAAGUUUUAUCAUUACAAAAUUUGGCGUCAGUUCAAACAUCAGCACCUGCUCGUAACUGGUAUUUGACAAAAUCAUUAGAAAUUCAAGGUUUAAUGGACGUUAAACCAGUAGCUGAACGACGAGUUCAGUCAAUUUUAAAAUCUGCGUUGAAUAGUUCAUUGAUGUUAUUACCUGUUAGUCUCGAUAAUAAGAAAGCGAAUGGUGUGAAUCAACUGAUUCUAUUUCACGUGAAUGAUACUGAUGAACACUUUAGUAUACAUGUAAGAAAUGAAAUAGCUGAUAUAAAAUGGAAAUGGCCUGAAAAUAUUCAUUCAAACGAUGUUGAUAUGAUUGUCGAAGUGAAUAAAGAAGAAACUUGGAAACAAUUAAUAGCUGGUGUAAAAAGUCCGAUUUUGGCUCAUUUGAAUGGAGAAAUAAUAACUAAAACUGGAGACGAACAAACAAAUUCAACAGGAGGAAUUAAAUUAAAAACGUUUCUCGAUAUGUUCAGUGAACAAUAA